CAGCACUUUCUGUUCUGUUUGAUCUGGUCUAUUUGUUCAGGAAGAGCUCACAUCAAAGUUCAGUUUUGUAUUCAAUUCUUUGCUCUUAGCCCUACAAACCAGAGGCAACACAACACGUCCCACCAGCACACAGUGAAGUCUCCACAGGAUGUGGGUCACCAUCAUCUCCAUGGCCUGUCUGAUGGCCAGUCCAGCCCUGGCUGGGAUCAAAGAUCUCAGCUCUCACUUCAGUGACCCUAAACCAGACCCGAGAGGCUUUGAAGACGGGGCAGUGGAUAUGGAAGCCAUCCCCUUGGAGUUCCACAAAGAAAACACUGUCACUAAUGACCUAGUUUUUGAUGGCUUUGAAGAUGAAGAUUAUAUUGAUUUUGAUAAGAUCCUGGCUGCAGGUGGUGACGACUACAUUGAGGGGGAUGAGAUAGAUGAGAUUGCCACACCCGCCCCAGACAUUGACAUCUUUGCUGAACCGUCUGACCCAAAAAUUCGGCGUGCUAGACUCUUGCGGCUGUUCCACGGUCGGUCUCGCCUCCAGCGAAUCAACAUUGUUAAUGCCCGUUUUGGCUUUAACCUCUACCGAAGUCUUCGUAAUGAUGUCAACCAGAGUGACAACAUCCUGCUGGCACCUGCUGGCAUCUCCAUUGCUAUGGGGAUGAUGUCUUUAGGGGCAGGACCUGGAACCCAUGAUCAGAUCUACAAAGCUCUGGGAUUCGCCGAGUUUGUCAAUGCUAGCCAUCACUACAUUAACACCACAGUGCACAAGCUCUUCAGGAAGCUGACACACAGGCUCUUCAGGAGGAACUUUGGUUACACACUGCGCUCUGUAAACGAUGUCUACAUUAAAAAGGACAUCUCAGUACAAGAUGCUUUCCGUGCAGAGACAAAGGCUUAUUAUUUUGCAGAGCCGCAGUCAGUGGACUUCAGGGACCCAGGGUUUCUGGGUAUGGCCAACAAUCGCAUCCUAAAGCUGACUAAGGGUCUGAUCAGGGAGCCGCUCAAGAGUGUCGACCCAAAUAUGGUGUUGAUGUUGCUCAACUACCUGUACUUCAAAGGUACAUGGGAACAGAAAUUCCCCAAAGAAAUGACUCACUAUCGCAACUUCCGAAUUAACGAAAAGACAAAUGUGCGAGUGCCAAUGAUGAUCAAUAAGGGGAACUAUCUGGCUGCUGCUGACCACGAGCUCGAGUGUGACAUCCUACAGCUCCCAUACACUGGGAACAUCAGCAUGCUUAUUGCUUUGCCCAGGAAGAUCACUGGCAUGAGGACUUUGGAGCAGGAGAUUUCUCCCACUGUUGUUGACAAGUGGCUCAAAAACAUGACAAACAGAACUCGAGAGGUGGUGUUACCUCGGUUUAAACUGGAGCAGAACUAUGACUUGAUUGACAAUUUGAAGGAAAUGGGCCUCACUGACUUGUUCCAGGAGACUGGAGAUUUCUCUGGAAUGACCUCAGAAAAAGUUUCCAUGAACUGGCUAAAGCACCAGGGAACCAUCACUGUGAACGAAGAGGGGACAGAGGCCGCUGCUCUGACCCAGGUGGGCUUUAUGCCCCUCUCCUCUCAGAUCCGCUUCACUGUGGACCAUCCCUUUCUCUUCCUGAUCUACGAGCACCGCACAGACUGCCUUGUGUUCAUGGGCCGGGUGGUCAAUCCUUCACAGAGCUAAACUUGACCAAAAAGCACUUUGAAACAGCCAAACUAUUCCCUAAGAAUUCCCUGGUUGGUUAUAACUUCCAACCAAAACAUUCCUGAUUUUAAAAGCUGGAGUGCUGAUGCUUCUGUUAGUACAGUAUGUACAUGUAACAUUAAGUAAUGAGUCUUAAUGCGCAUUCAGUCUCUUACUGAACGUUCAAACUUAAAAGGGUUGUGAGUCUGUCAGUUUGACUCAAUGACUGCUUGUUAUCUGCCUGUAAUGUCAUGGAGUGUGGCUAGCGAAAAAAUGUGCUACAAAAAAAUGUCAUUAUAUAACUGUCAUUACUUAAUGUUGUAUUGCAAUAAUUGCGGAGAGACAACGUAAACAUUAACACCAUACAAUAUAAUAAAAUAGUACAUGACACUACUAGACAAA